AUGUCAACUGCUAAAGUCAACGGUGAUGCCAAAUCUUGGCCAUUCCCUAAUCCUCAAGUAGUCAGGGAAGAAUACCUACCAAAGCUCGCUAUAAAACCUUGGGUGUCUGAAUACCCUGCUGAUAGAAUACUGAAGAAUUGUCAAGUCGUCGAUCCAGCUUCAGGAAAGCUCCUUCAAGGUCUCAAAUCAGUCACCAUAUCUGAAGGGAAAAUUCAAUCCAUCACGGAUAGUGAUUCAACACAAUCAACUAGCAAUGUUAUUGAUCUUGAAGGCGCAUAUCUCUGCCCAGGAUUGAUCGAUGGUCACGUUCACAUCACCGCUACUCCCGGUGUCAAAACCAUGCUUGAAGUCGUGAAGCUUCCUGAGCAAGUAACCAGUCUACGUGCAACAUAUGUUCUCAAAGAGAUGCUGGCUCGUGGCUUCACCACUGUCAGAGAUACUGGCGGAGCUUCCAAAGUAAUCGCCAAUGCACUUGCCGAGGGUCUUCUGCAAGGUCCAAGAUUGGUCCAAUGCGGAAAAGCUUUAUCUCAAACCGGUGGACAUGCCGAUUUCUCAUCAGCUGUAUCAGGUGGCAAUCAGACCGGAUGUUGUGGAGGCCAUUCCGAAGCUCUUGGUCGAGUGUGUGAUGGUGUUCCUCAAGUUCUCAAAGCUGUUAGAGAGGAACUCAAAGCCGGUGCUGAUUUCAUCAAAAUCAUGAUGGGCGGAGGAGUUUCGAGUGAAGCAGAUCCUAUUGACAUGAUCCAGUUCACCGAAGAAGAGGUACAAGCAAUUACCAAAACAUGUACUAGAAUGGGGAACAAAUUGACUACGGCACACGCAUACACUCCCGAAGCUAUUAGACACGCAGUCGAGAACGGUGUACGUUGUAUUGAACAUGGAAAUUUCCUGGAUGUUCCUACCGCAAAAAUGAUGGCCGAGAAAGGUAUAUUCUUAACUCCGACCUUGGCUUGUUAUGGUAUUAUGGCUCGAAAACCAUUUGAAGAUUUCCUUUCGGAAAAUGGAAAACCCAAAAAUCUGGAGGUCAUGAAACAAGGCCUUCAAGCUCUUCAAAUCGCCGAAGAAGCCGGUGUGACAGUGUGCUACGGAUCGGAUCUAUUAGUUUCCAUGCACGCUCUGCAAACCGAAGAGUUCUCCGUAAGAUCUCAGGUCCUUGAUUCGCCCACCGUUUUGCGUCAAGCUACUACCAAUGCUGCCAAACUAUGUCAACAAGAAGGAAAGAUCGGUGUAAUCGCUCCUGGUGCAUAUGCCGACCUGAUCGUGCUUAGGUCGAACCCCUUGGAAGAUAUCACCAUUCUGGACCACCCGGAAGAUCACUUACUUGCUGUCAUCAAAGACGGCCGAGUGGCUACAUCACAGAUCAAAGGCUUAUAA